AUGCCUCUCACGUCGCCUGACGACUACGAGCUUGACUACGCCGAUACACCCCUAGUCAAACGCGAAUCCUUCGACGACGACGAUGACAAUCUUUCAGAUAUCGCAGAGCUGGACCCCCUCAAGAGCAAGCAGCGACGAUACACAGACGAUGCGCGCCAGCCAUUGCCUAGUCUCUUCGACAAGCAGAAGAAACAAUUCGCAUGGUUGAACCACACAAAGCGGCAGGGACGAUGGUGGCUACCAAGCAGAUUCUUCUGCUUCCUGGCACUACUGUUCUGCGCCACCUUGAUGCUGCUCCUCAGUGCCGGUGGCCUAUGGGUCUACAAAGUCGGCGGCAUGCCUGAGGAUGGCCAGAGUGAAGCAUGGUACCCCACACCCAAAGGAGGCACGGUCGAGCAAUGGCAGAAGAGCUACGAGAAAGCCGCGAAGCUGGUCAAGCAGAUGACGCUGGCGGAGAAGGUCAACAUCACAACAGGAACUGGCUGGCAGAUGGGUCCAUGUGUUGGCAACACUGGCCCCGUUGAUCGACUUAACUUCCCGAGUCUGUGCUUGCAGGACGGACCACUGGGAUUGAGGUUUGUGGACAAUGCGACUUCAUUCCCUGCCGCUAUCACUGUAGGUGCAACAUGGAACAAGGAUCUCAUGUACGAGCGGGGCAAAGCACACGGGUUCGAGGCGAAGAUGAAAGGCAUCAAUGUCCUGCUCGGACCAUCGAUGGGCGCUCUUGGCAGACUGCCUGCAGGUGGUCGUAAUUGGGAGGGCUAUGGGUCAGACCCUGUCUUACAGGCGAUUGGCGCAGCGCAGACGAUUCGAGGCAUACAGUCAAAUGGGGUCAUUGCAACCGCAAAGCACUUUGUCGGCAACGAGCAGGAACACUUCCGACAAUCAUGGGAGUGGGGAACACCAAAUGCGAUCUCCUCGAACAUCGACGAUCGGACACUGCACGAGCUGUAUGCAUGGCCGUUCGCAGAGUCCAUCCGUGCAGGCGUCGGCUCUGUCAUGUGCAGUUAUAACCAGGUCAAUAACAGCUAUGCUUGUCAGAACUCCAAGCUCAUGAACGGAAUUCUGAAAGACGAGAUGGGCUUCCAAGGUUUCAUACAAAGCGACUGGCUGGCACAGAGAUCUGGCGUUGCCUCUGCGUUGGCAGGUCUGGACAUGUCUAUGCCCGGCGAUGGCCUUAGAUGGCAAGAUGGUGAGACUUUGUGGGGUGGGCAGUUGACGAAAGCUGUACUGAACGGUUCAGUCCCGGUGGACAGAUUGGACGAUGCAGUGCUGCGGAUCGUGGCUGCUUGGUAUCAGCUCGGUCAAGAUGAUGCUCAGGCUUGGCCCAGAUAUACCCUCAGCAGUUCUGCGACUUUCUCGAGCUGGACUAACGAGGAGGAGGGCAAGCUGCAUCCUGGCUCACCUGACAACGAGGAGACUGGCAUUGUCAACAAGUUUGUGCCUGUGAGGCAGACUAAGCAAGGUGGUGACCACAACGAGCUUGCGCGAAGAAUUGCAGCCGAAGGCAUCGUUAUGGUGAAGAACGAUGAGAAUGUUCUGCCAAUCACUACGUCGGGGGGUAAUGUCAAGAGUACCAGGCAGGGCAAGGUAUCCGGAGAGAAGAUCCAGAUUGGAAUCUUCGGUGAAGACGCCUUUGCAAACCCACGAGGAGCCAACGCUUGCGAAGACCGUGGCUGCAACGAGUAUACUCUCGCCAGUGGCUGGGGAUCUGGAGCCUCGAACUUUCCAUACCUGGUGGCACCCUUUGAUGCGCUCAAUGCCACUUUCGACCAUUCAGCUGUCAACGUUACGACUCACAAGAAGCAAGCCGCUAAGUAUGCUGGCGGAAUCGCAGAAAAACAGGACCUUUGCAUCGUUUUUGCCAACUCUGAUGCUGGUGAAGGAUUCAUCAGCUGGGGCAAGGUCAAGGGCGAUCGACCUGAUUUGAAGAUCCAGAAGCAAGGCGACACACUGAUCGCCGAGGUCGCUAGAAAGUGUGGCAAUGACCAGCGAAACUCAGGAUCGGCUGCAAACACUAUCGUGGUACUGCACACUGUCGGCCCCACAAUGCUAGAGCAUUGGAUCGAUAUGCCAGGUGUCAAGGCAGUGCUCAUCGCACAUCUACCUGGACAAGAAUCUGGGAACGCUUUGGCAGAUGUUAUAUUUGGCGAAGUCAAUCCAUCCGGAAAGCUCCCGUACACAAUGGCGAAGAAGGAAGAUGAUUAUGGCCCGACGAGCAAGAUCUUGACGUUCCCUAACCAGGUUGUCCCACAGCAGAACUUCACUGAAGGCCUCUAUAUCGACUAUCGCUACUUCGAUAAGCAUGAUAUUGAGCCACGAUACGAGUUCGGCUUUGGACUAUCAUUCACAAAGUUCCAACUUUCAUCGCCCAAGGUGGCGACACAUCCCACGCAGAGCGAUAUUCCUGCUCCCCGUCUCGAGACAGUCGAUCCGCCUCUGCUGAACCCGAAGACGCCGGAUGCGAAAGACGCCGUUUGGCCUGUUGGGUUCAAGCAGCUGAAAAAGUACAUCUACCCAUACAUCGACUCUGCUUCGGACGGCAAGCCCAAAGGUGCACCAGCGCUUCCAUACAACCCAAAGGUCCCACAUGCUUCAUCGGCAGCAGGCGGCGGCGAAGGCGGCAAUCCGGAUCUUUACACCACUCUGGCCACCAUCCAAGCAACACUCACCAACACAGGAACCGUCACUGGAGCCACUGUCGUGCAAUUGUAUCUCAGCUAUCCAAAGACAGUCAGGGAUGCCGAUGGCCAAAUGAUUGACAUGCCAGUCAAGGUUCUGCGAGGCUUCGAAAAGCUUGAUCUGGGCACAGAGAACGACAACAAGAGCACCCAAGUGGAGUUCAACCUGACCAGGAAAGAUCUCAGCUACUGGGACAUCAAGCGCCAGAACUGGGUCCUGCCACAGGGAGACUUCACAGCCCAUCUGGGCUUCUCGAGUAGAAAUUUGCCCGAGAAAGUUGUCUUCCAUCCCUUUGGAUCGUAG